AUGGAUCCGGUCACCCCACCCUCGCAAUCAGACUACGGAGACUUUCCUAGCUUCACCUCAGCCGAUGGGGAACCCCAAGCCACGGUCCCUGAUGCGCCAGACGAUGAACCAUUCCACACCUCAGAUACCCCCAAAGCGAGUAAAACAUCUAUCAAUAACGAUGGCCACCAACCUGAGUCAAAAUGGAACAACAACCAGAUGCCUCCGCCUCGAAAGCUUCCCGUUCCACCGAACGCGAAAAUGUCAUCCGAGGAAUACAAUGCACAACUUCUGUCGGAUCCUCGAACUGCAAAUACCAGUGCUGGGAACCCAGAGUUCUUACAACAGUAUUAUCGAGAGUCUCGGCUCCACCAUCUGUCGACCUGGAAAGCUGAGUUGAAGGCGCAGCUCCAAGCAGCAACAAAAGAGAAGGCUCAAUCGAGACCUACCAACAAGAAAACCGUUCCCGGUGCAAGGCGAUACAUUCUGCAUGUUGAUUUUGACUCGUUCUUCGCUGCAGUGUCCCUUCUCAAACACCCAGAACUCCGCGAAAAGCCUGUUGCUAUUGCGCAUGGCCCUGGUUCUGGAUCUGAAAUCGCGAGCUGCAACUAUGUCGCUCGUGGGCGGGGUGUCAAGAAUGGCAUGUGGAUGAAGGGUGCCCUGGAGAGCUGCCCUGAGCUUCAAGUUCUACCAUAUGAUUUUCCAGCAUACGAAGAGGCUAGCAAGAAAUUCUAUAACUCGGUUCUUGCGAUCGAUGGGGUUGUUCAAAGUGUGAGCAUUGAUGAAGCUCUUGUUGAUAUCACUCAAAUGUGUUUAGAAGCCGGAGGCUCGGACGAAAAAGUCACAUUGGAGAUUUCUAUCGAUCGGGAACAAGCUAAAGCAGAUGAAAUCGCCCAAGCGCUCCGUCAUUCAGUAAAGGAAAAGACGGGAUGUGCUGUAUCGGUGGGCAUUGGUGCGAAUAUUUUACAAGCCAAAGUUGCCCUACGGAAGGCGAAACCCGCAGGCCAGUUUCAAUUGAAACCUGACGCUGUCCUAGAUUUCAUGGGAGAACUUACUGUUCGAGAUCUUCCGGGAGUUGGGCACAGUUUGACUGCCAAAUUAGAAAACAUUGGAGUAGCUUUUGUCAAGGACAUCAAAAACCUUACCCGUGAAAGAUUGGUCUCCAGUCUAGGACCAAAAACUGGGGUUCGGAUGUGGGAAUAUGCUCGAGGGAUUGACAAGACCGAAGUCGGGGAUGAGGCUGUUAGAAAAUCAGUCUCCGCAGAAGUCAAUUGGGGAAUUCGAUUCACCAAUCAAGAACAAGCAGAUGACUUUGUGAAGUCUCUCUGCGGUGAGCUCAACCGACGUCUAAUGGAAAAUCUUGUAAAAGGUAAACAUCUUACCCUCAAAGUCAUGCGACGAUCAGCGGAUGCACCAUUGGAACCUGUGAAGCAUCUUGGGCAUGGAAAAUGUGAUAUUUUCAACAAGAGUGUCAUUAUGGGUGUCGCCACCAACGAUACUGAUAUCAUCUCGAAAGAGGCCAUUUCUAUGUUAAGGAGUCUGAAUCUUUCCCCGGGUGACUUACGAGGGCUUGGUGUUCAAAUGACCAAGCUUGAGCCAUUUAAGGCUGGUUCAUUGGCGAAUAUCGAUAGUAGUCAACGGCAGCUCAACUUUGCAAAAUCUCCUUCGCGUAAGAAGACGGUCACUGGAGCUGAAUCGAACAGUCCGUCAAAGAACAUUACGCCCCGCGUUGAAAGUCGGACACCAGUCCGUGCUGGCCAGAUUACCCCCGAUAUCCCUGGAUCUCAGUUCAUUAUGCCCACUCAGGUCGACCCUGCCGUUCUGUCUGAACUUCCUAGCGAUAUAAGAUCGAGACUCGUAGCGCAGACAAAGUCGCCCGAAAAUGCACAUCCAGUGUCUCCGACACCUGCUCCAAGGCCCGCUGCUCCAGCGUUGCCCCCUCAAUCUCAGCUGGAUCUCGAUAUUUUGGCUGCCCUACCUGAAUAUUUGCGUGACGAAGUUUUGGGUUACUAUAACCAUGAGGCCUCGAUAUUGGUUCCACCUGUCGUGGAAGCGGCAUCGGCUCCUCCUACUUCUGUUACGAACCCCGUCCCCCGUCCAUCGUCUUCUGGAUCUGUUGGGAUAAAGAAACCUUUUAUACCGCCGAAGAGAAAGCGUGGCCGUCCUCCGAAGUUUUCAAGGAUCGACGACAGAUCGCAAAGAUUAACGAGCUUUGUGACAAGACCGGCGAGUACAUUUCCCUCCAUAGAGCCGGAAAUCUCUCGCCAACCUUCCCCGGUGGAUGAAGAACACCAUGGCAUUUCAGCGGACUUUCUAGCUGCACUCCCUGAUGAUAUCCGACAAGAAAUUUUGGAGGAGCAAAGGCGCACCUCUUUAAUUCAGCAACAACAACAACAACAACAACAACCUCUUCCUCCCCCUCCGCCCCCACCCCUUCUUUCCAACACUGCCCCUACCGAUGCGGGCCCAGAUACCGAGCCUGAAGCUUCUAUUUCUUUACCCGCACCUGAGGAGAAGCGACUGCCACUACCUCCUCUACCAGAACGACCUACAUUCACGUCACAAUGUUUCACAGAAUUGCCGGACCUUCGAGAGACGGUCGGCGAGUGGCAUUCUGCUUUUGCGAGCCAUGGUCCGUAUAGCGAGGAUGUUGGGCUCUUGUGCGACUACUUGGGUCGUGUUGUUGUCGACGAGAAAGACAUCGAAAAAGCCGUCUCCGUAGUGCGCUGGCUGAUGUGGCUCGUUGGUGAGGAUAAUCUUGGGCGCGCACCAAUAGAAAACCAGACUCCGAGGUCUGAACAGGGCUUACAGACCUGGACCGAAGCCAUCGAGACCUUACAAACUUGUGUUCAUACUGCCCUGGAAGCUAGAGGGCUACCGCCGGCAGACUUUGACUAG